CUACAGUACGCCAAGUGUUUUGCCUUUUUACCUCAAUCCUUUUGCUUACAGAUUCUUCAGAAGAAAACGGAAAGAUCUUGUCUUGGGAAUCCACUUUUUCUUUUUUUAAUAUCCAACGUGCAAAACCCAUUAAAAAAGAUACUUUUUUUUUUUUUGGCUGCUUCUAUUCAUUCAUUGAUUGAUUCAUGAAAGACAAAAUUGGAUUAGGGGCCGGUUUCAUUAAUAUCACUUGGUUUAUUCCUUCAUGAGUAGAUGACUCCUUAUGGGGUAGCUACUGUUAGUAGGAUUAUAUUGAUAAAGAAUGUGGAAGCUUUGAAUGUUGUGUUGGGUUUCAAAAGAAGUGGAGAAUAAUGAGUGGUUUAAUUGUAGGUGGUGGUGUUGAGAAAACUGUUUUUAUCGACAGACAAAAUGGAGAUUCCGGGGCACAUCCACUCGCUCUUGCUCAACACAGGCGUUCUAAGAGGUUCAGUUCUUGCCGCAUUUUCAGCUUUCUUCGUUGUCUGAUUUGGUGUUUACAAAUAUUUGCAUAAAGCUGGAGUAGAGAAAUGAAACUUCGUUUGUGAUUCCUUUCUCUAUUUUCCCUUGGGUUUGGUUUUGGAUUGCCUUUUUUUUUUUUUUCUAAAUUGUCGAAUACCGGAGAGGUUGAAGGGGACUCGGCAAUUCUAGUUUUUGUCAUUAUGGUAUAAAUCAAAUAUCUUUUGGCCACAUGUUGUUCAUUAUAGGUGCAUUAGCAUAUCUUGACUUCUUUUGUCGGUAGCUUUUCUUUGCUUUUUUUAUCCUUUUCUGGCACCUGGGAACUCAAAUCAUACAGAAUUUGUUUGAUGGAUCAGGAUUGUAGUAACUACUCUAAAUAUUUACAACUGAGGUGCUUUAUUAGAUGAAUUCGACCAUUGUUUUUCAGUGUCUGUUUGACAUAUUACUGAGACGACUUGGAUGAAUGUCCAUCUUUGAUAAAAUAGCUUCCACUGGGACUGCUAGGUCAGUGACCCAUGAUAGUUUGUCUCUGGAGUGAAAGUUUUAGUUUCUGUGGCUAGUGUUACUGUUGAGUGAUUCACUAGAGGUUAUAAUCCGUGUGACUGUGUCACUUACUUCCUUCUCUGCAUUUAAUUAGUGAUGCUGUUUAGCAUCUCUAGCUGCUGUCAUGUAGCUUAAAACUGAACGGCUAACUGGGAUGCUGCUUUUGGCAGAAAGAUAGCACUGCAAUGAAUGUGUGUUAUCGGUGUAAGAUAUGUUAUAACUGUAAUGACUCCUUGCAAGAUCACAUAAAUGUGAUUUUUAACGAAACAUUUCACGAUUCGGGAUUACUUUUGUAUUGCCUCUGUGAGCAGUUAAUGUGUUCUUUGCAGUGCUUCUGACAAGAACUUUACAGUUCCACAGCAGAGCCAGUCACAUCCUGAGCAUAACGGUGUCAAUCAACCACCUCAGGAAUUACUGCCCAUAACAGGAAGUUGCAGAGCAAGUACUCUUCAUGGCUGUUCCAUGGAUGAACAUAAAGAUUCUGUUUCAAGACAUCGUGCGUCUCUGGAAAAAGAUAUUGAGCAAUUACAAUUGCGUUUACAGCAGGAGAGAACUAUGCGUAUGGUCCUCGAGAGAGCAAUGGGUCGAGCUUCAAGCACAUUAUCUCCUGGGCAUCAUCAUUUUGCUGCUCAGACAAAGGAGUUGUUAACAGAAAUUGAGUUACUUGAAGAGGAGGUUGCAAACCGUGAGCAGCAUGUUCUAUCUCUAUACAGGAGCAUUUUUGAGCAAUGUAUCAGUAGGUCAUCCUCUGAACAAAGCUCUGUCAUGACUUCUCCGGCACAUGCAAAGAAUGAGCCAAGGAAACAUCCAAGUAUUAUCUCAAGUGCUUUUUGUUCAUCAAAGAAGUUCCCCUUGCGGACUUUACACGCCCUUGCUUCAAUAAAUGACUCAGGAAAACGGGACUUGUUGCAGUAUAAGACUAGACAUGCUUCACUUUUUACUGGCAAAGCCAAUAUCCACUUUGAGAAGCCUUGCACAGAAAAUACCAAGGUUCAAGAACAUUCACAAACAAUGAGAAGACCCUCUGUUUUGCGGACCCUAAAAGAUCAUCUCAACCAGUGCCCAAGCAAGUUGUCAGAGGAGAUGGUCAGGUGUAUGGCUGCAGUCUACUGCUGGCUUCGAAGUACAGCAUCCACAAAUAUAGAACAAAACCGAUCACCUUUGUUGUCUAGGUCAUCUACGAGUGUUAUACUACCUCGACGUGGUAUCGCUGAGGAAAAAGAUUGGCCUGGGAAAUGUACAGUUGAAAUAUCCAAUAUAACAACUGAUAAGAGUAACUUUUCGCAUGCAUCUUAUGCCAUCAAUAAUUACAGAAUUUUAGUGGAACAGCUGGAAAGAGUGAAUGCCAAUCAGAUGGAAGCUGAUGCCCAGAUAGCUUUUUGGAUAAAUAUAUACAAUGCCUUGAUUAUGCAUGUAAUCAAUAAGAUACUGGUGUCUCUAUUGGUUUUACUUUAUUCGUGUGCAUAUCUUUGUUUAAUUUUGUGCUUUCCUCAUGUAGGCGUACCUUGCAUAUGGGAUACCUCACAGCUCUCUCAGACGGUUAGCACUGUUUCACAAGUGCAGGCUGCCUAUAAUAUUUGUGGCAUGGCUGUAAACGCGGAUGCCAUUGAACAGUCGAUACUUCACUUUCGUGCUGCUCGAAUUGGAAAGUGGCUGGAAACUCUUGUAUCAACUGCUUUAAGGAAAAAAUCUUCAGAAGAAAGACAUCUUAUCAGCUCCAGAUUUGGUCAUCGAGAUGCAGAGCCUCUUGUUUGUUUUGCACUUUGUACAGGAGCCUUCUCUGAUCCCACGCUGAGAGUAUAUACAGCAUCCAACAUCAAAGAGGAACUGGAAUCUGCCAAAAGGGAGUUCCUUCAAGCUAAUAUUGUCGUGAAGAAGUCGAAGAAAGUGUUUCUACCAAAAGUGCUUGAAAGAUACAUGAAAGAAGCCCGAAUCCCAGCAGAUGAACUUUUGAAGUGGAUAGCGGAAAAUGUUGAUAAGAAGCUUCAUGAGUCCAUAAAGAAGUGUAUAGACCGCACAUCUAACCGAAAACUAUCGCAGAUUAUCGAAUGGUUGCCUUACAAUCCCAGGUUUCGGUACGUUUUCGCAAAGGAGUUGACAGAGAAACCAUGGUGGGUGUGAAGUUUCUCUCUUUGGGGAUCUGAGGAUUCUCCUACGAAAGAAAAAUAUCUGUUUUUCUUCUACUUGUCCAUUGCUGUAUGUUAGCUUGUAUAUACUUGUAUUCAUUUAUUCAUGAAUUUGAUCAAAAUAAACAUUGACUGUAUCCUUCAUCUUAGAUGUCAUUGUGGUGAAAUUUACUGGAUCUUUACCUUCAUAUUUCCAUCUAAGCUAAUUUGACC